AUGUCACGCGCGCAGCUCACCCGCGCUGCUUCCAGCCGCCCGUUCGCACCCCAGCUCGUGCUGCCAAACGUCAAGGCCCUCGUCACGCGAGGCUCAGAUUCACUCGCGAGGCUCAGAUUCACCCGCGAGGCUCAGAUUCCCGCGAGGCUCAGAUUCACCCGCGAGGCUCAAAUUCACCCGCGAGGCUCAGAUUCACCCUCAAGGCUCAGAUUCACUCGCGAGUCCUUGUUUGGUUCUCCUCCCCCUCUCCCUCCGCUCCUUUCCUCCCUCUCUUCGUCCCCACCUCUUCUUCCCCGCCCUUUUCCUCUUCCCCUGUCCUCACUCCCCCUCUUCUGCCCCUCUCCUGCCCCACUUUCCCCCUCUCUCCAUCUCCUCUCACGCUCCCCCCUCCUCUCACUCUCCUUCUUGCCCCACCUUUACGAAACG